AUGGUCGGCCGGGCGGCGUGUUGUCAUCUGCGGAGCGACGGCGGAGGCGGCGGCGUAGGCCCCGGCGGGGCGUUUGGUUUCGGUUUGGCCUUGACUGGAAUUAUUGUUGACGGUCGAAAUGGGAGUCCCCAAGUUUUACCGAUGGAUCUCGGAGCGCUAUCCCUGCCUCAGCGAAGUGGUGAAAGAGCAUCAGAUUCCUGAAUUUGAUAAUUUGUACCUGGAUAUGAAUGGAAUUAUACAUCAGUGCUCCCAUCCUAAUGAUGAUGAUGUUCACUUCAGAAUUUCUGAUGAUAAAAUCUUCACUGAUAUUUUUCACUACUUGGAGGUGUUGUUUCGCAUUAUUAAACCUAGAAAAGUGUUCUUUAUGGCAGUUGAUGGUGUGGCUCCUCGAGCAAAAAUGAACCAGCAGCGUGGAAGACGUUUUAGGUCAGCAAAAGAAGCAGAAGACAAAAUUAAAAAGGCAAUAGAAAAAGGAGAAACUCUUCCUACGGAGGCCAGAUUUGAUUCCAACUGUAUUACACCAGGGACUGAAUUCAUGGCCAGAUUACAUGAACAUCUGAAGUAUUUUGUAAAUAUGAAAAUUUCUACAGACAAGUCAUGGCAAGGAGUUACCAUCUACUUCUCAGGCCAUGAGACUCCUGGAGAAGGAGAGCAUAAAAUCAUGGAAUUUAUCAGAUCUGAGAAAGCAAAGCCAGAUCAUGAUCCAAACACCCGACAUUGUCUUUAUGGGUUAGAUGCUGACUUGAUUAUGCUUGGAUUAACAAGUCAUGAGGCACAUUUUUCUCUUUUAAGAGAAGAGGUUCGGUUCGGUGGCAAAAAGACACAAAGAGUAUGUGCACCAGAAGAAACCACAUUUCACCUCCUACACUUGUCUUUAAUGAGAGAGUAUAUUGACUAUGAGUUUUCAGUAUUAAAAGACAAGAUCACAUUUAAAUAUGAUAUUGAAAGGAUAAUAGAUGAUUGGAUUUUGAUGGGAUUUCUUGUGGGCAAUGAUUUUAUCCCUCAUCUACCUCAUUUGCAUAUUAAUCAUGAUGCACUGCCUCUUCUGUAUGGAACAUAUAUUACCAUCCUGCCAGAACUUGGGGGUUAUAUUAAUGAAAGUGGCCAUCUAAACUUACCUCGAUUUGAGAAAUACCUUGUGAAACUAUCAGAUUUUGAUCGGGAGCAUUUCAGUGAAGUUUUUGUGGACCUAAAGUGGUUUGAAAGCAAAGUUGGUAACAAGUACCUCAAUGAAGCAGCAGGUAUUGCAGCAGAAGAGGCCAAGAGCUACAAAGAAAAGAAAAAAUCAAAGGGCCAGGAAAACUUGUGUUGGGCUGCUUUAGACAAAAGUGGAGAAGAAGUGGUAACUUCUAAGGAUAAUUUAGAAGAUGAGACUGAAGAUGAUGACCUGUUUGAAACAGAGUUUAGACAAUAUAAAAGAACAUACUACAUGACAAAGAUGGGCGUUGAUGUAGUGUCUGAUGACUUUUUGGCUGACCAAGCUGCAUGUUAUGUUCAGGCAAUACAGUGGAUUUUGCACUACUAUUAUCAUGGAGUUCAGUCCUGGAGCUGGUUUUAUCCCUACCAUUAUGCACCAUUUUUAUCAGAUAUCCGCAAUAUCAGUACACUCAAACUCCAUUUUGAACUAGGGAAACCUUUUAAGCCAUUUGAACAACUUCUUGCUGUCCUUCCAGCAGCCAGCAAAAAUUUACUUCCUACAUGCUACCAGCAUUUGAUGACCAGUGAAGACUCACCAAUUAUAGAAUACUAUCCACCUGAUUUUAAAACUGACCUAAAUGGGAAACAACAGGAAUGGGAAGCUGUGGUAUUAAUACCUUUUAUUGACGAGAAGCGAUUAUUGGAAGCUAUGGAAGCAUGUAACCACUCCCUCAAAAAAGAGGAGAGGAAAAGAAACCAACAUAGUGAAUGCCUAAUGUGCUGGUAUGAUAGAGACACAGCAUUUUCCUAUCCCUCUCCAUGGCCAGAAAAGUUCCCUGCCAUAGAACAUUGUUGCACAAGGUAUAAAAUAAUAUCAUUAGAUGCUUGGCGUGUUGACAUAAGCAACAACAAAAUAACCAAGGUUGACCAGAAAGCAUUAUAUUUCUGUGGAUUUCCUACUCUGAAACACAUCAAACACAAAUUUUUUUUGAAGAAAAGUGGGGUUCAAGUAUUCCAGCAAAGCAGUCGUGGAGAAAACAUGAUGUUGGAAAUCUUAGUGAAUAUAGACUCAGAUGAACUUAGUGUUGAAAACGUGGCAUCAUCAGUGCUUGGAAAAUCUGUCUUUGUUAAUUGGCCUCAUCUUGAAGAAGCUAGAGUUGUUGGAGUAUCAGAUGGAGAAACUAAGUUUUACUUAGAAGAACCUCCAGGAACACAGAAGCUUUAUUUGGGAAGAACUGCCCCACCAUCCAAAGUGGUCCACCUUGGAGACAAGGAACAAUCGAACUGGGCAAAAGAAGUGCAAGGAAUCUCAGAAUACUACAUGAGAAGAAAAGGAAUAAUAAUUAAUGAAACAUCUGCUGUUGUAUACGCUCAGUUACUCACAGGUCGUAAAUAUCAAAUUAGUCAAAAUGGUGAAGUUCAUCUAGAGAAACAGUGGUCAAAACAAGUACUUCCAUUUGUUUAUCAAACUAUUGUCAAGGAUAUCCAUGCUUUCGACUCCCGUUUCUCCAGUAUCAAAACAUUGGAAGACUUGUUUCCUCCUAGAAGUAUGGUCUUUAUGCUUGGAACCCCCUAUUAUGGCUGCACUGGAGAAGUUCAGGAUUCAGGGGAUGUGAUUACAGAAGGUAGGAUUCGUGUGGUUUUCAGCAUUCCGUGUGAACCCACUCUUGAUGCUUUAAUACAGAACCAGCAUAAAUAUUCUAUAAAGUACAACCCAGGAUAUGUGUUGGCCAGUCGCCUUGGAGUGAGUGGAUACCUUGUUUCAAGGUUUACAGGAAGUAUUUUUAUUGGAAGAGGAUCUAGGAGAAACCCUCAUGGAGACCAUAAAUCAAAUGUGGGUUUGAAUCUCAAAUUCAACAAAAAAAAUGAGGAGGUACCUGGAUACACUAAGAAAGUUGGAAGUGAAUGGAUGUAUUCAUCUGCUGCAGAACAGCUUCUUGCAGAGUACUUAGAGAGAGCUCCAGAACUGUUUAGUUAUAUAGCCAAAAAUAGCCAAGAAGAUGUGUUCUAUGAAGAUGACAUUUGGCCUGGAGAAAAUGAGAAUGGUGCUGAAAAAGUUCAAGAAAUUAUUACUUGGCUAAAGGGACAUCCCGUCAGUACUUUGUCUCGUUCUUCUUGUGAUUUACAAAUUCUGGAUGCAGCUAUUGUUGAGAAAAUUGAGGAAGAAGUUGAAAAAUGCAAGCAAAGAAAGAAUAAUAAGAAGGUACGAGUAACAGUGAAACCCCAUUUGCUGUACAGACCUUUAGAACAGCAACAUGGAGUCAUUCCUGAUCGGGAUGCAGAAUUUCGUCUCUUUGACCGUGUUGUAAAUGUGAGAGAGAAUUUUUCAGUUCCAGUUGGCCUUCGAGGCACCAUAAUCGGAAUUAAAGGGGCUACUAGAGAAGCUGACAUACUAUUUGAAGUAUUAUUUGAUGAAGAAUUUCCUGGAGGUUUAACAAUAAGGUGCUCACCUGGUAGAGGUUAUCGAUUGCCAACAAGUGCCUUGGUGAACCUUUCUCAUGGUAGUCGCUCUGAAACUGGAAAUCAGAAGUUGACAGCCAUUGUGAAACCACAACCAGCUGUGAAUCACUGUUGCUCAAGUUCAUCAGUUUCUUCUGGGCAUUUGGGAGGCCUCAAUCAUUCCCCUCAAUCACUUUUUGUUCCUACUCAGGUACCUGCUAAAGAUGAUGAUGAAUUUUGUAACAUUUGGCAGUCCUUACAGGGAUCUGGAAAGGCUCAACAUUUUCAGCCAACUCUGCAAGAGAAGGGUACAGUUCUACCUCAAGAAAUAAGUCAAGUAACUCAACAUCAUAAAUCUGGCUUUCAUGACAACAGUGUUAAAUGUCAGCAGAAAAAACAUGACUCUCACAGAAAAUUUAAAGAAGAGUGCAAGAGUCCUAAAAUUGACAGUCAGCCACAAAAAAUGUCAAAUAAGCAGACAUUUGGAGGGUCUGCCAAAUGCAAUAUUAAGCUGCUGAAGAGAAACGAAAAUGCUGAAGCCUCAGAAAACCAAAAGGUUGUGACUGGUUAUCCAGGCACUAAUGAUAAGCCUAAACAUGGAAUUGAGAACUUUUUAGCAUCUUUGAAUAUUUCCAAAGAAAAUGAAGUACCAUCAUCUCAUCAUGAAGAGUCUCCAAGUGAAGAACAUUUGUCACCACAGUCAUUUGCUAUGAAGGGAACGCGAAUGCUUAAAGAAAUUCUAAAAAUUGACAGCCCUGAUACUGUGGACCAUAAGAAUGAAAUGAAACAGUUUGGUAAUGAAGUCCCUAGUUGCUCUACUAGAAGAGAUGAAUAUUGCCCUUCCUCCCAGCCUAAACAAAACAAGAAAUUAACAUCUUAUAUGAACAAGCCUCACAGUGCUAAUGAGUACCAUAAUGUUCAGUCUAUGGACAACACGUGUUGGCCUGCUCCCAGCCAGAUCCCUCCUAUGUCCACACCAGUAACUGAACUUUCUCGAAUUUGUUCCCUUGUUGGAAUGCUGCAACCAGAUUUCUCCUUUCUUAGAACAGCACAGACAAUGACAGUUUGCCAGGUGAAAUUAUCUAAUGGUUUACUGGUACAUGGACCACAAUGCCAUUCUGAAAAUGAAGCCAAGGAAAAAGCUGCACUUUUUGCUUUACAACAAUUGGGAUCCUUUGGAGUGAAUUUCCCUUUGCCUCCACCAAUAUUUCCAAAUUAUCCUCCUACUGUACCUCCUGGAACAAUUCCUCCAGUUUUUCCCCAACCUACGGGCUGGGAUCACUAUGGAAGCAACUUAGCAUUGGGGGCAGCUAAUAUAAUGCCUUCAUCACCUCAUCUCUUUGGUUCAAUGCCGUGGGGACCACCAGUGCCAGUUCCUGCAAAGCCUUUCCAUCAUACUUCAUAUUCUGGGAGCCUGCCCAUGUCUGGGACAGUGCCAGGUGGUGUGCACAAUCAGUUUAUACCACUACAGGUUACUAAAAAAAGGGUUGCAAACAAAAAGAACUUGGAGAAUAAGGAGGCCCAGAGUUCUCAAGCUGUGCCACUUAAGACGAAUGAGCCAGGAUCAUCUUCUGAUGUCACCAAAGCAGUUCCACAGGAGAGUUCAUCCACUUCCUUAAAGUCUCCACAAAUUACUCAGCCUGCACCUUCUUUUCAAGUUGAAGCUGCCUCUCAAGGCCAUAGUGUGUCUCACCAUAAGUCAACACCAAGCUCUUCUUCAAGAAGAAAAUCAAGAAAACUGGCUGUCAAUUUUGGAGUUUCUAAACCUUCUGAAUAAAUUUGGUACUUGGAAUUAAAUUAAUUUCUUUACUUUUCCACCCACCUUUUUAUAAAUCCAUAUUUGUGUCUCAUAAAAUAUUAGAAUGUGCUAUUUUAGAAUGUGUUUCAAUUGAAAAUUUUUUUAGUUUUUUAGUUGUCAGACAUUUUUCAUGCUAUCAAAUUGUGCAUCUUGAAUAUGUACAAUUUGGUUUACAUCAAUUAUACCUCAAUAAAACUGUAAAAAAAGACUAAAUUAAACCAUAUCUGUAUGUCAGGAUAGUAAUAUUAAAUAAUAUUAGUGGACUAUAAAAUUGUAAAAUAUACCAAUCUAACCAUUGGCCUAUCUUUAGAUGCACCCUGAACUAUGAAUUAGGCAUUAUAUUGCAAUAAACAUUUUAAUACUAUCAUUGAGGGAUAAUGGAGCAUGAAAAUUGAGACUCAAUUAUAAUUUAAUGAAUGUGGAUUUUAUUUCUUUUUAAUGAUGUAACAAAAUUGUCAAGAAAAUAGCUUUUAUUUAUAAGUAUUUUAAUUUAUAUCCUGUUAUCUUUGAGGUUCCUUUUCCUUUAGAUCUGCUGUGAAAUGAUCACACUUGUUGUGGUGCUGCAAGUUUUGCUUUAUUCUAAAUUUUGUACCAAAGCAAUUUUAGAAUACUGAUCACAAUAUUUCACUUAUCUGCUUAGAACUAUAAAUAGCAAUCUAGAUUUAAGUAAUUACAAUUUUUUAAUUAUUUAUGAACCAGCAUUAGUAAUUUGUAAUAAAAGUUUCAAAAUCUACAGGGUACAAUGAUUCAAAUUUAUCUGAUAGAAUAAACUAUAAAAUAUUAAUCAUGUUGUUAACUAAAAUAAAUUGUGUUGUUCUCUUGUAUAGCUUUUUACCUGCUGACUUAAACAUAUAUGAGAGUUCCACUGUUGGUCCAUGUGUUGUACUUCAUGGGACUGAUGAAAUUCUAAAUUAUUUAAAUUCCAAGGUGUGCUAUAAUACAGGCACAAUCAAUUUGUGAUGUAUAUUAUCUACAUGGCAAAUAGCUGUCUCAUUCUUAUUUCAUACAUUUAGUUUUAUGCUGAACUGUUCAGUGACUAGCAUUUUGUCUUUGCAUGUCAUGUGUGGUUGUGUAUUGUUUAAGCAGUGGCUGUUGAAAUUAUUUUAGAUUUUAUGAAAAUUUCUCAUUGGUACCAGGGCCUGAGUUUUUACACACACACAGAUAUCUGUAUGUGUAUACACACACACACACACAUACACAGAGAGAGAGAGAGAGCUAUUUAUCCUUUAGUUUUUGUGAUAUGCUUAUAUUUUUAAGGAAGUAAGUUAUCAUACUUUUUAAAAGGUAGGAACCACAAUCUUUAUAUGGAGCUGCUUAUUAUUAUACCCAGUCUCAUUUAGUUUAUUGAAAACUCUGCCAUGAAUCUUAAAGUAGUCUGUUUGUUUUCAAAAGUGCUGUAUUAAACUAAUCGGAUUCCUUUCUCUAACUGCUGAUUCCAGAGUUUCUCUAAUUGUUAAUGGGAUAUUUAUAUAUUAGUAGUGCCUUUAGUUUACAAGAGAUAAAUGUUCGUUAUCUGUCAUUUAUUAUAGUCAUGUGAAUUUCUGUUAUUUUCUUUUAUAUUUCUAGGCUCAGAUGUUGGAUUCCCAACAUUUCCUUAUUGGGAGUAUGUAUCCAUUUCAGUAACUAGGCUCAAGUAAUUCUCAGUGUUUGUUCUUACUGCCUCACAAACUCAGUCUUAAAAGGAAGCAUCUGUUAUGGGAAUACAGUACCAAAAAAAGUGACAAUGGUACGUUAAUAACCUCUUACUACUACAGUGCAUAAUAUUUUUCACCUCAUGUAACUGUGCGAACUUCAGAGUUCAAGAAUUGCCUCUUUCUUCACUUCUUUGAAGCCAUUCUAUAAACAGUGUACAGCCCAUUUCUCUUUUAGAGCACAGAUGAAGGAGCACAUGAGAUCUUCUGAAAACUCCAAGAGAAAUUUCAGUUAACAUAGUGCCACUGCGCUCAUUAGGAUAUUUCCGCAGUGUUCAAGCACAGCAAGCUGACAGUUCUGUAUGGACAGGCAGUAAAAGCAUUUUUGUUCCUUCUCUUUUUAAAAAUGUAUUCUUCUAAAGUUCAAGAUUGAAGAGGGAUCAAAAUAGGGGAGAGCUCCACAAUAACUAGAUAAUGGCAGGCGCUACCUAUAUUCUUUUCUCUUUGUAGACCUGUUCCAAGUAAGAGCCUAAAAUCAAGAGAUAUGCCCUCCCUAUGGAGGAUAUAAGAGGCAGAGGCUCUUAUUAUAAUCUCAGGAGACUGGAUCCACUGAUUAUCAUGCCUACUGUAGUCUAGUGUACCUCUAAGAAAUAGUUGGACUUUAGGAAACUUACAUUUUUCACUUUUGGAUGGGGCAGUCAGACCAUCCCAAUAAUUAGAAAUAUGCCCACCUAGCAUUGAAUCUCCUGUGGACUUUCUGUGAAAACUAUGAGUUACAAUGAGGGACAGAAAAUCAGAUUGUCCAAUUGUUUCAUGUUUCAUAUAACUAGAGCACUUAUAUCUAUUUAAUCCUUCUCACGGAAACAUUUCUGAAUAUUCUUUGAGUAAAUUUUCUUUUUUUUUUUUUAAACCAAAUUAAGUGAAUUUUGAAGAUUUAUCCUUCCAGGCUCAUUGUUUCUUUUCACAAUUUCCUAUAUUUCCUGGGUUUUAUAACUUAACAGGUAGGCUAUAUUGAUUUAAACAUCGUGUAGACUGAUGUCUUAAACAUCUGACUCAAUUGCAUGAAAAAUUAAUUUCACCUCUGUGUACCUUGGUUUCAGUUUGAGACUUUUCUUGCUUUUCAGAGGGAUCAGUACUUCUAGAACUAAAAAGAUGUUUAUUUUUUUAGAUUUAUAAAAAUUUAUUAAAAGCAGAAAUUCAUUUCAUCUAUUCCAUGAGCAGCUAUACAGCUGUCUGCAAGGACGAAGAAGUCUUUUUUAAAAUCACAUCUCACUAUCUCAAUUCUAAAGGUUAACUUGGAGUACACAAAAUUAAAGAGAUGAGAAUUUUUUCCCCGUUUUUGUGAUCAGAUAAUUGGCUUUGGUUUUAGGCUGGUAGUUCCAAACUAAUCUGAGUUCUUAGUUUUAAGAGGAGGGGGCUGAGAUGGAGAUGAUUGAAAGAAGGAAACCAGUUGUGACAUACCUAAAAUCACUGCAUUUUCAAACUCUAAUAUAUCUUUCUAGCUCAAGGAAGUAGAUAAAGUGCAGGGUCUUUAUUAUUCACUCGCUUCUAAUUCAAUAAAUCAUAAAUUUUCAUAAUGAUUGUCUUAUGUUUAUCAUAGCAUGGCUGGAGCUGUCCAUUUAAAGAUGUUCUAACAUGCUUUGUCUCAUUGUUUAGAGCAUGUUUUUUAAAGCAAAUGUGUACAAUUUCUCAGCUUUUGAGCUUACUGUACUAUAUUUCAUAGUACCAUCUUGCUUCCAAAUUGUGGUUUUAUUAUAGGAAAGAAAUAAUUUAUUGGAAAGAAGUAAUUGUAACAGGCAUUCUCUAUUAAAAAAACAAAACAGAGCAUCCUUUAUCUUUUUUCUGGAGAGAGUGAUAGUGGUCAAAUUCGCAGUAUUCUUUAUGUACAUUUUAUAAGCUUUGUCAUGAAAGUCCUUUUUUUAUAGAAGCUUCCUUUCCUAGUCAGGAUAAGGCUUAAAUUUAUAGAAAGGGAAUGUUUUUUUCAGACUGGCCUGGUUCGUAUUUCUCUCAGACCCCUGCAUCUUCCAACAGAGAUUAGAAAGAGACACUGUUGAAACAAACUGGCAAUAGGGCCGGGCCAAUAGACAGUUUCAUUACUGUACUGAGUUAACUCUGACAUCACAGAUUUAACAAUGUGUAAAAUAAUUUGGAUAGUUAAGAAUGUCAGCAAUCCAUUGCUGCUUUUGUGUUGGUUUGUGUGUGUGUGUAUGUCAGUGAACCAACAAUAAUGCCUUGCUCAAUCAAUGCAUUUAGCCAUCUCAAGUGCAAUUUGUGAUGGAGACUCUGGUUUCCAAUGUUUUACAUAGUUAAGCCAAUAAAAAUUAAUUUUCUCCCACAGUCCAUCCAUUGCUAUUAAUUACUUCAGCAAUUGGUAUACUAUUGAAUUGCCCACGCCAAAUUAAGUUUCUGUAGAUGUUUUAAUAAUUUGAAGGAAAAUUCUCAUACCAUUUCUCAUGGAGUAAUAGGAAUAAGAAUUUAGUACACAGUCUGCUUUACGUUCUUUUUAUUCCUUUCUUCCCCAUACAGUGAAGAGACUGUUUUUGUUUGGGGUUUUUUUUUCACCACAAAUCUUUUACGUUUUUUUCUUGUCUGCAACCAGUUGAUUCUUUGAGUGUUUUCAUCUAUCUUGACAUAUGAAUAGUAUUGUGAUAUAUCAUCAAUGUAUUCAACAUUUUGAUGAUUUGAAAAUAGAAUUAAGUGUAAUUCAUAUAUAAAUUCAUUUCUCACAUAACUUUUAUAAGUAACUGGAAUUUUUCAUUAGAUCUUAUACAGAGCAGUAUUUUAUUAAAAGUUCAAAAGGGAAGACUUUUAUGUGCUCAUUUUGUAGUUUUUUUUAAAUAUCUUUGCAUUGUCUGCAAUUAAAAUGUUUUUAACUUGAAAUGUACUCAAAAUGUAUUUUUAUUUUUACGUUGUACAUUUAUAGAUUUCUAGCAUGUAGUUAGCCUCAAAAUAUUGUGCAAAAGGAUUUUAAAACAUAAAAGUCACUCAAAGAGUUUGAACAUCUAUACAUGUUAAAUGCUACAUGAAUUUUAAUUAAACACUUGAGAAUGAUUUCUUGUUUCUUCUUGUA